AUGUCCAGCCCCAGUGACCUCGAGUUGGAGUUCGAGUCGCUGCCGUCGGAGGCUACGCCGGCGGCGGCGGCGGACAUCGACGACAUCUUCGAUGCGACUUCACGCUCGGGGAAAAGUGCGUCACAGUCGCCAUCGCCGACCCCGGCAGCGGCCGCGGCUGCUGCGGCUGCGCCGCCGCCGCCUAAGGCUGACGGCGACAAGAAGUCCACGCUGAGGUUCUGCAUCGUUGACAAAAAACCCUUCGACAGCAAGCGCAAGGUGGACAUGUGCCCCUGCCACGCGAGGGACUGGGAGGCCCUCCUCACCCAGGUGGAGGACAAGAAGGAGAAGAAAUACGUGAUGGCCCUGAAGAAGAAGGCCGCUACAGGCGACAACACGGAGCUCAUGACCCUCGUUGCCAAGUUCCAGGCAGACGCGCCCUCUUUGGGGCGGGGGCGCGCUCGCGCCCAAUUCGACUUCGCUUCGUUCUUCAAGGGCGCCUACGCAGCCACCGAGGCCGUGGACGACGUGGAGAGCGAGAUGAUGACGUUCCUAGUGUUUGAAGAGCACAGCCGGACAGCGCGAGGCGGCAAGUUGACAGACCCCAAGAUCGCGUCCGAGUGGGCCAAACUGACAAAGGCAGCCUGCGAGGACAAGCUACCAGGCGCCAAGUUCGACAACGAUGGCCCCGAGGGGGCCCUUCGGAUCAAGGUGAAAGUGAAGGACACCGUUCACGACCUGAGCAAGAUAGGCGAGCAGGUGACGGUGCGGGAGCGCGAGAUUGAACAGAAGAGGCCUUCGAAAAGAAUAGUGGACGGCAUGAAGCGCUCUUUGACAAACUCGCACUCGUCCUUCGACGAACUGAGGAGUCUCGUAGACGAGGAACUUGUGGCAGACCACAAGAAAGAAGGGGCGUCAAACCAAUCUUCGAGCGCACCGCCAGCCCUGGGCAUCUUCUCGGCGAGGCCGUCUGCGGGGUCGUCGGUCACAGAUAUCAUUGCCAGCAUUCGCCAGGAUGCGUCAUCGGGCGCUGAUCGCAUGUCUGAUGUUGCGUCCUCAGCGGGUUCCAGCGGCGGCGGCGACGGCGGCGACUACCGCCCCACGGCCGCUGGCGGUCACAAGAAGCAGAAGAAGUUCGACCGCGACACGCAGAUCCUCAACACAGAAGGCAAGCUCCUGAACUACGUCGAGAAAGUGCGGAGGCUAGCGGAUGCGACGCUGGACGAGUUGGUGGCCUGCGAGACGAGCAUCAAGCAGACAGCCAUUCAGAACGACUUGGACUACUACAAGAAACACUUGGACAUCUUGCAAGUGCGCAAGGAGGCCCUGGUCGCCUUCCUGCACAGCAAGGCGAGCAUGGCCGUAAUGCAGGAUGCGGUGAAGACGGGGCAGAGGAAGUCGCCAUGCCCGGACUUCGCCACCAUCAUGUCCCUCGAGCAGUUCAAGGACAUGCAGCACGUGAUCUCCGCAUCGACUACCGCCGAGGAGUUGAAGACCGCCGAGAACCAGUGCAAAGCGGAGAUGGCCAAGAUGAACCAACUCAUCAGCGCGAACAAGGCAAUCGUCAAGGAGUCCAACUCCUUGCUCAAAUCCCGCUCUAGGCAGCUUCAGACGAUCGAGGAGGAUAAGGCUCAGAGGGAGAAGAGGAGGGCCCAGGCAUGCGCGGGUGUCGCCGCCAAUAUGCCACCGCCAGCGGCCAAGAAGCCCAAGCUGGACGCUACGCGCGACCUCUUGAACUUCGAGUACCAGGAGAGCCGGCAGACGUUGGCCAUCAACUUCAGCGCGCUGAGCGCUAACUCUCCGGACUUGCUGGAGCCUUUCGUGGUGACAGGCUGCCCGGUGGAUGUCGCAGUGAAAGAGGAGAUGCUGAAGGCGUUCCAGCAGAAGUUCACCAACUGUCCACAGCGGACCAGUUCGGGGCGCGCAACUGCGCCGAUGAAAGACCCUACAGAUCAGCAGCGUGCAGUGACAGCCUUGCUUGGGUGCUUCCCCUAUGACCUCUUGAAGAACAUGCACAGCUCGGACGCCUUCAAAGCAGAUCAUCCCGAAAUACUCAAGCUCCUCGAGCCGGCCUUGUCAGCGAUGGCUGCCGACUCCCAGUGCGGCGGCGUCGAGAAUUUCUUCAUGUCGAAAAUGCGCUUGACUCUGCAGGGCACCGUGAACGUGGUGAUGCUGCGUGCUGACAACUACACGGCGUGGUGUGGCAAGCGCGUUGAGGCCGCGAACUCCAAGGGCGUGAACAUCGAGACUGCGUUCAAGAAGAUGGCUGCCAUGACGACCGCCGAGGUUGCUGACUUUAUCAAGGACCACCCGGGAUCCAUCAAGCAGGCAACGAUCGGGAAGGGGGACUGCGUGUAUGUGCCCAUCGGAUGGAUUCUGAUGGAGCACGCGAAGCCUGGGAUCGACAUGACGUGUGUGAACAUGUCAGUGCUCCACUUCCUCCAGGGCGAUGGCCUCAGUUUCGCCACCAAGGCCAUGGAGCUGCUGAUCUCGAGCAUGGAGGGCAUGUCCAAAAACGUUGAUUUGGUGAAGGAGGUUUACGAAUUCAUCAAACAGAAUCCCGAGCCAACAGCCGAGAUGAAGGAUGAGCCCAAGCCGUAG